AUGGCUCCUCCGUCAACCUUCAAAGCUGCUCUCCUGCAGGAGGGAAGCAGCCAGCACACCAUCACAGAGCGCUCACUGGGCGCCCUCGGCGACGACGAGGUGCAGAUCAAGAUCACCGCAACUGCCAUCAACCCGGUCGACUGGAAGAUCAGAGACACCGGCUUCUUCCUAAAGUCUUUCCCUGCGGUGCUGGGGAGCGACGCUGCUGGCGAAAUCGCGGCCGUGGGUUCCAAGGUGUCCAACUUCGUGGUGGGCGAACGCGUCUUCUUCCAGGGCAUCGUCGGCAACUACGAUGCCAGCACUUUCCAGCAGUAUUGCAAGGUGCCAGCAGUUCUUGUGGGUAAGACGCCCGAUUCCAUCAGUGAUGACCAGGCAGCGGGAAUCAGUCUUGCGACUAUUGCUGCUGUGACAGGUCUCUACGACAAGACGGGCCACGGCCUUGCGCCGCCGCCGUGGAGCGAUGGCGGUGACCGUGCUGGGAAUGGAAAGGCCAUUGUCGUCCUUGGUGGAAGCUCAUCAGUUGGCCAGUAUGUGAUCCAGCUUGCCCGGCUGUCAAGCUACUCGCACAUCGUGACCAACGCGAGCCUGACGCACGAGGAGCACUUGAAGAAACUGGGAGCACACGUUGUCUUGGAUCGAAAGCAGGCGGCCCCGCAGGACUAUAUCACCGCGGCGAAUGGGUUACCUAUCGACUUUGUAUUUGAUAGUAUCUCACUGUCUGAGACUCAGGCGCUGGGAGUCGACAUUCUCCAUGCCGCCAACACGAAGAGUAGCGUCGUGACCGUACUCGGGGCCGAUGCAGAUGCCCAAUCUCGCGGUGCAUCAAAGGAGCCCAAGGUUGAAGUGCGACAGAUCAUGGGCCUGGGUAGCAAGCCGGAGCUGCGGUACUUGAGCGAACCUCUCUUUGACCGUUUAGGUGGCCGCGAUGGCUGGCUGGCGUCAGGGCAGUUCGUUCCCAACCGGCCAGUGGUGGUGGACGGUGGUUUAGAUAGCAUUGACAAGGCACUAGAUAAGAACAAGGCUGGCGUUUCCGGUGAGAAGGUCGUGAUUCACCCAUGA